ACAGUCCUGCCUGUUUCUCCUUCCAUCCUCUCUCUCCUCCUCCUCCAUCCUCCAUCCUCCUCCUCCUCCUCCUCCUCCUCCUCCUCUUUAUCUCUGGGAUGCCGGGCUGUGGUUGAGUGUAAGCCCGUGACCAGACUGAAGCUGGGGAAACUAAAGGUGGUGCGGCGGCAGCUGCUGCAACGGUAUGAACACCAGCCGUUUGUCUCCUGUCUGGCCGGCCUCUACGGUUGCCAAUGGAGACGAUACCAAAGAGCCCGAGCACAGCCAGGAGAGUGCUGUUGCAGCAGGGUGGAGUGUGGCAGUUUGGGCCUCUUGAUUCUCACCUUCUUCCUGAGCUUUUUAUUCCUCUAUUUCUGGAGUGAAGCUCAGAACGACUACAUCGACUUUGACUGGUUUAACUUUGGGACUCUGGGUUUCUGGUUUCCCUGGUCUCGGGUCCUGCUGGUUGUUGCUGCUGCUCUCUUCGCAUACAUCGCCUUACUAUUGGUGCUGGCAGUGUGUCUUCUCUCUGAGAGUCAGAGGCUGUACCUUCACUGGAGCCACAAGACCGGCAUCGUGGUGGCGUUGGCGUUCUCCGUCACAGCCACCGCCAUCUUGUCCGACGUUUGCAGCAAAGAAUGGAAGACUCUCCUUCUUUCCCUGCAGGUCACAGCCCCGUUCCUGCAUGUGGCCGCUGUCUUGCUGAUGGUGGUCCUGUCCUGGCCAAUAGCGUUGCAUUUCUUUCGCAUGAACAAGAAAGUGCGUCAGGUGGCUACCUUAGGUCUCUACCUGUCCGUGCUGUUCUCACUCUACCUGGUCCCUCUGGGGAUGUACUCCCCCUGCAUUAAAGAGGCAGGAACCCUGGGACCCCCCCCGACCCUCAUAGGACACAGAGGAGCUCCGAUGCUUGCUCCGGAAAAUACUGUCAUGUCGUUUGAGAAGGCCGUGGAAGCUGGAGGAGAAGGACUGGAGACCGACGUUACCAUCAGUUAUGACGGUGUUCCCUUCCUGAUGCAUGACUCCACUCUGAAGAGAACCACCAAUGUCGCUGAGGUUUUCCCAAAUCGAACACACCUCGAUGCCUCAAUGUUCAGCUGGGCCGAGCUACAGCAGCUGAAUGCUGGCAACUGGUUCCUAUUGAGGGAUCCAUUUGGGACCGUGUCCUCCUUGUCUGAGGCGGACUACUCCCGGGCCCAGAACCAGUCCGUUCCCUCGCUGGCCCAGUUUCUGGAGGUAGCGGCCUCUAGCGGAAGACUGGUGCUGUUUGACCUGCACAAGCCACCGUACGGACAUCCCUACAGUCAGUCGUACAUCAACACCACUCUACAGGUGGUGCAGGCCCACAUCAACUCCUCACAGGUGCUGUGGCUUCCUUCUGAGGACCGGGAUCUGGUCCAGGCGGUGGACCCAGAGCUGCAGCAGACCUCUGGAGAAAAGGCUUCUAUUCAGGAGCUGACCGACGGCCACAUCAACAGGCUGAACCUGCACUACAGCACCAUCUCACAACAGCAGUUCAGUAAGUACCAGUCAGUGAACAUCAGCACCAACCUGUAUGUGAUCAGCCAGCAGUGGCUCUACACUCUGGCCUGGUGUGCCGGAGCUCAGUCCGUCACCACCAACUCCAUCCACAUCCUGUCCAACGUCAACAAGCCGCUCUUCCUCAUGACUCCAGAGGAAUACAGUUUGAUGUGGAUUCUGACCGAUACUGUAUCGGCAUUCGUCAUCAUUGCUGUUUUCUUAUUCCAUUGGUGCCGAGAGAGAGACCUGGCUGGCACCCCUUGA